CCCCCCCCUCCCCACCGCAAACAUGUCACACAUCUUCCAGAUGGCCACCCAGUCGAUGACACACGCCCCGGACCUGGGCGUGUACCGACCUUUCUCGGAACGGGAGCUGAACAACGCUCGACACGACAUCUUCGGCAAGUUGAAGGAGCGCGGCCCGGACGUGGCCCUGUCGUUGGAGGAGCUGUCGCAGCUGUGUCCGAAUUACCACCUGCUGGAGAACCACCCAUUGGUGGAGAUCCUCCGGCGGGACGAGUUCAUCGUCACGACGCCGGCGUCGGCCGACGGCACCGAGCCGGAGCGCUUCUCCUUCCUGGGAACACACCCGGAGCUUCGCACCGGCGAGGAUUUGAUGUCAUUCAUGCGAGCGCUCAGCCCGCACGGCAUCAUGCGCGAGGACUUUCGUCAGGACCGCGAAGCCGUCAAGGAGGCCAUUGAGCAGGGCCUGCGCGACGGGACCCUCUUGUCGGUGGGCAGCAUCAUCUUUUUCAAUGCCGAGCCCGGGGCACGGCCUGUAAAUCGGGAAAUCAAGGAGUACUGGGAUGGCAUCCGCGAUGCCUCGGUGGAAGAGGUCCGUGGGUUCCUCUUCCGUGACCGGACAAUCCCCUAUGCCGAUGCUUUCUCCAAUCUCAAUGAUAAUGGCACGCCGCGGGCUGGCGAGCCGAUCAGCAUCAGCCUCGGCACUGACUCGGCCGGAAACCGCUUGCGUGUUCCGAUCAACAAACGUCGCCGCACCUAGACGGCCGCCUGCGUGCGUAUGUGUCUAUGUACCCGCAUGACCGUCUGGCUAAACACUGCUUCCCUCAAACUCACCCGUGUACAUGUGUGUAUGCCUUUUGGUGGGAGGGGG